UAUAUAUUUUCUAUUGGCAUCUCGCAACAAGACAAUUUAUUAAAUCAUAGUAAUUUACUUUUUUCUCAAUUAAAGCAAAGGGCAGAGGAAGUCAAAACAAGGCUUAAAUACGAACUUUUUGUAAAAUAAUUGAUGUAUAUUCUAACACUUACAUGCCUAUCAAAAUAUUAUUUUUAAUUUAUAUUUAGUUAUUAAUUAAUUUUAAUUUUAUUAUAAAAUUCUAACGGUGAGAAACAAACAUAGAAUUCAACUAAAAAAAACUUGAUAUUAAGUGUAUCGACUUUUUAUAUAAAAUCGAUUAUAAAGUGAGCAACAAAAAAUCAUAAAAUGCAGCUAAUGUCAGAAAAACAAUUACGAAGCAACAAAAUUUGAUUUAAAUAUCUCAUUAUGUCAUCUGGCUGAACAAAAUUUAAAGUAAAAUUUAAUUCCAUAAUAAAAAAUGGUUAUUACUACCAAUACAAAUUUUUAUUAAAAUUAUCAGAUAAUAUAAUGGAUUCUGUACAAGCUAGAGAUCAGAUAUAUAGGAGCUGACACUUAACAAAGACGAAAUAAACAUUAAAACUGAAGAAAACUAUAAUUCAAUAAUGGACACACGAUUCUUUAAAUUUUAACAUUAAAUAAUCAAAAAUAACUAAUACAGUUAAGAAAACGCAAUAGAGAGAUGCAUAAAAUUCAAUUAAUCAGUAAUUAUCGUAAUUAUAAAAAGCAGAACAAAAUGCACAAAAUUAAAUAUGUAAAAGACAUUAUACAAGAUUUGGAAAACUAUGGACCAGCUAGUUUAAUACACAUUGCUAUUUUGAGUAACAUAAUUAAGAGACCCAUUAAUAUAUGGAAUGCUAAUGGUAGUUUAAAUAAGACCAUCGGAAAACAAAAAUUGGGACAAUCUGUAGAUAUUGAAUAUCAUGCAAACAGUUCGGAACAAAUUGGUCACUGGACCCUAAGAGAUAGCAAAGAUCCCGAUAACGUUAUUAUUGAUUUAAACAGCUGUCUGUUUUCGGUGAUCGGUUCUCAAAUCGGGCAAAAUCCAUUAAAACUUCGUAAGUGGACUGUGUUAAAACUAAAGAACAAUUUUCAGAAUUUGGCCAAAUGGUUAGAUAAAAUUCAGUGGAAGAAGGGUGCAGAAAUAUUUUUUAUGAUUGGCGGAGUAAACGGACACGGACCUGAAAGUCCGAGAAAAAGUCCCGGAAAAAAAAGUCCGAGGAAAAGUCCCGGAAAAGAAAAUCCGAAAAAAAGUCCCGAAGAAGAAGGGUACUCAAAAAGGUACCCUAAACACAACACGCCAGAACACGCUAAAAAUAUUUUGAAUAAUUCAGAAGGCAAAUUAAGCGAAGGUGGUGAUGAGAAAAAGUAUUGGACAAUAGGUCAAUCUAGAACGCGGCAUCUCGUAGGAGGAAGAAAUGGAGGUGUUGAAACUUGGACUAGGAAUAACCCGCAUAUAGGAAAAUUUGCUUUUUUGACGGAAGAAGACCAAAAUUAUGUCACUCAUAGAGCAUUGCUAUCAAAAUCGGGUCAAGAAGCACUACAUAAACUUAACGAUGCCAUUGAAUAUAAAGUAGAGAUACCUGUUUCAGAAUUAGUAGAACCAGAUAUCUCAUUUCCUCAAGCAAGCCGGUGGUAUAAGGGAAUAGAACUACAUGGUUUAGAAGACAUCAAAUUUGUCAAUAUGCUUUUAAGACAUCAAAAAGAUAAACGAGACAAGAUAGAUGAAGAGCCUUUUAUAGUUUAUAUUUAUCCAAUCACAGGUACAAGAUUCAGGUACCCAUCAAAUAACCAGGUAGAGGAUGCCAAAAGAAUUCUGGAUAAAUCAGAAGGCAAAUUUAGCGCACCUGAUAAAGAAAUUGAAGGUAAAAAAGAGGAAGAUGAAGAUGAAGAUGAAGAUGAAGAUAAAGAUAAAUAUCAAGGCCAUUCUAGACAAAGGCAUGUCGUAAAAAGAAGAAAUAAUGCGGAAGGUGUCGAAGCUUACACUAAAAAUUAUCCAUGUGAAUCAAAAUCUGCUUUUCAGACAGAAGAAGACCAAGAGUAUGUAACUCAUAGGGCAUUGCUAUCAGAACAGGGUCGACGAGCAUUAUAUGAACUUUACGAAAGAGAUGUAAUUUUAUUACGCGUACCCGUUACAGAAAUGGAAGAACCAGGUGUCCCAUUUCCUAAAGGAACCCAUUGGCAUAAUGGAAUACAAAUAGAUAACAAUAAAAAAGAAAUCGAAUCUGUCGAUAUAUAUUUAAGACAUCAGAAAGAUAAACGAGAAAACAAAAAUGAAGAACCUUUCAUACAUACUUGUUACCCAAAUUUUAAAGAUAUAAAACAAAUAAAAUGUAGAUUUUAUACACACCUUAAAUUAGCAAAACAAAAAGUGGAAAAAGGAGAGUACUCACAAAGGUACCCAUCACACAACACGAAACAACACGCUAAAGAUAUUCUGAAUGAUUCAGAGAACAAACCAAGCGAACGUCUUAAGACAGAAAUUGAAUAUUUGACAACAGGUCAUUCUAGAACGUGGCAUGUCGUAGAAGGAAGAAAUGGAGGUGUCAUAACUUGGACUAGGAACAAUCCAGGUGUAGGAAAAUAUGCUUUUCAGACAGAAGAUGAACAAGAUUAUGUCACUCAUAGGGCAUUGCUAUCAAAAACGGGUCAAAAAGCAUUAUACUUACUUGCGGCAGCCACUAAAAUUGAAGAAACGAUACCUGUUUCAGAAUUAGUAGAACCAGAUGUCGAAUUUCCUACAGCAAGCCGAUGGUAUAAUGGAAUAAAAUUACAUGGUGAUGAAGAAAUCAAAUUUGUCAGUAUACAUUUAAGACAUCGUAAAGGUCAACGAAGGAUCAGAAAUGCAAAGCCUUUUAUAGCUCAUAUUUAUCCAAUCACAGGUACAAGACUAAGGUACCCAUCAAACAGCGAGAUAAACGAUGCUAAACAAAUUCUGGAUAAUUCAGAAGGCGAAUUUAGCGCACCUGAUAAAGAAAUUGAAGGUAAAGAAGGGGAAGAUAAAGAAGAAAAUCGAGGCCAUUCAAGACAAAGGCAUGUCGUAGAAAGAAAAAAUAAUGCGGAAGGUGUCAAAGCUUACACUAGAAAUAAUCCAUGUGAGUCAAGAUUUGCUUUUCUGACAGAAACAGACCAAGACUAUGUCACUCAUAGGGCAUUGCUAUCAGAACAGGGUCGACGAGCACUAUAUGAACUUUACGAACAAGAUGUAAUUUUAUUACGCGUACCCGUUACAGAAAUAAAAGAACCAGGUGUCUCAUUUCCUAAAGGAACUCAUUGGUAUAACGGAAUACAAAUAGAAGGUGUAAAAGAAAUCGUAUUUGUCGAAAUACAUUUAAGACAUCAGAAAAAUAAACGAGAAGAAAAAGAUGCAAAGCCUUUUAUACUUAAUAGUUACCCAAUUCUUAAAAAUAUACAACUUUUGAAAUGUCCAGUUGAAAAACACCGUGAAUUAGAAGAAAAAAAAGAAGCUAAAAUUACUCGUAAAAGCGCCCUUGCAACUACAUCUAAAACUGCAUCUGCAACUACAUCUGAAACUGCUUCUAAAACUCCUAAAAUUGCUCUUAAAUCUGCUACUGGAACUAUUCAUAAAACUGGUCGUGUAACUACUCCUGAAAUUGUUUCUAAAAUUAAUCCUACAACUGCCUCUGCAACUACAUCUAAAGCUGCUUUUAAAACUCCUCCAAAAAUUGCUCUUAAAUCUGCUACUAGAACUAUUCCUAAAACUACUAAAAUUGCUCCUACAACUGCCUCUGCAACUACAUCUAAAACUCCUUCUAAAACUCCUCCUAAAAUUGCUCUUAAAUCUGCUGCUGGAACUAUUCGUAAAACUAUUAAAACUGCUUCUAAAACUGCCUCUGCAACUACAUCUAAAACUUCUUCUAAAACUCCCCCUAAAAGUGUUCUUAAAUCGGCUGCUAAAACUACUUUUAAAACUACUUCUAAAUCUGCUUCUUAAAUUACUUCCAAUACUGCUUUUUAAACUGCUCCUAAAACUGCUCCUAAAAUAAUAGAAAUAAGAAGUUCUAACUAAGGAGUGGGGAGCGGGUUGCAACGGUGGUACUUGUAAGCGGGGCAUGAUAUCACGCGGCACCUAUCAAAAUACACAUACAUAUAAAAAUGCACAUAUAAUACACAUGUAAUACAUAUAAAAUAUAAAAUACGUAUAUUUAAAUAAAUAUAAAAUCCCAUGGGUAUGGAAUUUUAUAUUUAUUUAGUAAUUUAUGGCAUUUUUUUACAAGUCUGAUGUGUCGUAGUCAAAGAGGCACUAACGCUAAGGAGCAGACCGCAUCAUGAUAUGCAAUAACUGUACUUGAUUUAUCAAUAAAAUACCAUUAUAAAAAAAUAAUACGGGUCAAAAGUAAAAUGACAUAUGGGAAGCAUUUUUAUCUGUACAACUUUACUUCUAUCCUUACCUCUACAACCGUACAAUUAAACGCAAAAAUCGCACAAAUAAACAUAAAGUUUAUAAUAAAAAACCGUUUAAUAAUGAAUGUAAUAUAUUGAUUAUAAAUUUAAUUAAUUUUAAAAUAUAAAAAAAUAAAAUGUAUUUAUAAAAUAAGCAAUAAAAUUGAGAACAGCCAAGUGAGCAAAAAAAUCAUAUCCUUUUUUUUAUUAUCAAGAAAAUAAUAAAAAAAACUAAUUACAAAAUAAUGUAUAAAUUUGUAUAAAAGCAAAAUCCUUGAAAGGUCGUCAGUAAUAAUUUGCAAAAAUUUUUUAAUCGCUUUCUUCCUGUAACGAUUCUCUUUGCAUUAUCUCUGUCUCUCGUCUGUACGCGAUGUCUCCGAUCGCACAUCCAUAAACAGUUUUAUUAUUCCGACUCUUUCUCUCUUUUAUCCGUUGCAUUCACUCGUUUUGAUUUAUGUGUUAAACAAUAAUAAUUAUGCUUAUAUAAUUUAAUUUUUUUUAAUUAAAUACUUAAAUUUUAGUAAAUGUAAUAAUUUUAUUAUAAUAUUUUACAUGAAAGUCGUCUAAAGAGUACAACAUGAUAGUUUUAAUAAAACAACGGUUAAAAAUUUUGAUGCUUAAAAGUAAUAUUAUACCAAAAUAUUAUAAUAAAUAAACAAUAUUAGUACAUUAAUUAUAUCAACCGAAGUAUGUUUAAACAUAUCACUGAAUUGUGGAUCGCCUAUCGGUUUGUGGAUCUUAGUAAUAAAAUAUAAUUCUUUUAUUAACAUAAAUUCCUUAGCUUUAUUUUAAACUAUGCGCCAAGAGGUUUCUGCUUAGUAACUGCAGUAAGUUAGAAUGAAAAAAAAUAUAUUUAUCCUACUUUAACUGUUGCAGCAGUGCAUCGAGAAAGGCCUUGUGAUUCAAAUCUGACGAAACGCUUUAGCGCAAAUUUUAAAAUAAAGCUAAAAAAUUUAAUUCAAUAGAAAAAUUAUAUUUAUUAAGACCGGAGUAGACCGAUAGGCGAUCCAAAAUUCAUUGAUAUAUAAUAAAUAAAAAUAUAUUUUUUUAAACAAAAAUUAAAACUAUACAUAAAAUUCUUUAUGCAAACCCCAAUUAUGUCCAUCAAACGUAAUUUUACGUAAUUUUAUAAUAUUUUAAAAUUUAACAUUUUAAAAACAAAAAUAAUCUAAAAACAAAAAUACUUUUUUUGUGUGAUAUGUUGACACAUACAUUUUAUUCGUUUAAAUAAACAGAAACAAGGACAUAACAAAGAAAGGGUUACGUGAGUCAUGCGCGGAUUUUAAUACAUCAAAUACAUGUGAUAUUUAUGUAAUUUUACAUGGUUUUUUACUGUAUAGAAGGUAUCAAAUUAUUCAGUUAUUCAUUCAAACUACCUGUAUAGCACCGCAUUAAUGCACCAUAGCCUAGAUAUAAAUCAGCAACAUCGUUGUAAAGUAAAACACGUGUGGUAGGAAACAAAAAAGCUAGUAAAGUAGAAAUUCAGGAUGUCGCCGAAUAUAUUAAGAACAUGCCUUUAAAAGCCAACUGUCGCUGUAACUUCUGAGUUCAGCGCUACUUAAAAAUUUCUAAAUUCAUACGUCAACAAAUGACGGAGCAAUAAAUAAAAUAAUUGCCAUAAAUCGUUACGAGUUCACAUUGUCCUUUUAUGCCUUGAUUAAACAAGCCACCAUUGCUGCAACGAUGUUGAGUUUAUCUAGAACGCGCAGAUAUUACUACCUUCAAAACGACUUUUAUAUGCACCAAGCAGUACCAUGUAUGUAGAUAUUUUAUUAUGGUGCGUGUAUGCGUGCGGGCACCAUGUCAUCCGUGAAAUCACCAAUAAGUGAGACAAAAGAUGCGAAAAAAGCCAUCUGUCAAACAUCAUCAAUGGCAGCUAAUCUUUUUAUAUGUACAAGUAUGUCAAAUAUAUAAUCAAGAUGUAAUUUAUUAUUUUUCGUGCUUGCUUAUCUUCUUAGAAAGAUUUCGGUUAAACGUCCGAUUUGAGUUUAUGAAACGCUGAAUAUUUUAAUAGUCUAAGAGCUAGCUACAUAAAAAUAGCAUCAAUAAGCAUCGUGGAAUGUCUCUACCUAAAAAGGGUUCUUUGGUAUUGCCGAACACUAAAUCGCCAGUCUGCCUAAGCGGUCAGGAAGAAUAAGGCGGGGCUAAAGAUAGUUUUCACGACAAAACAAAAGAAUAAGAUUCAAGCAUAAAAUCUGCGAGAAUGUUUAGUGUUUAUUGAAACAAGAUGUCACAGUUAUUGGCAGACUGUUUUCUGGAAGAGGAAGAGUCGGCAAACUGCUUUAAAGUGGUGAAAAAUUAGCAGUAAAGAAAUCAUAAAAUUUAAAGAUAAAAAUUAAUAUUAAACAAUAAUAAUUGUUUAUACACCUAGAAAACAAUAUGCAAAAAGGCAGACUGAAAAGUGAAAGAUAACAUCGAUAUAGACUGCGAUGAAGAACGCGAAUCGUUUUCUAAACUAAAUAAUAGAAUCUCUUUUGCAUAUUGUUUUCUAAACUAAUAAUAGAAAUUUGGAUUCUGAGUUAAAUAACCAGAGUAUAUUACUACGAAAAUGUUUAAUAUGCAAUUGUAAAUAUUUUUUAGGUUCUUAAAAUUAAAAUAAUUAGAAUAAAUAGAAUAAAAUUAUAGAAUAAUGCAUUUUACUCUGAUUUACCUGGAUCCCAUAAAAUACUUUCAAUCCGGGUAAGUUGGGACCUGAGUAAGAAUGGGAUCAAAUUCUGUAAAUUCAUCCUAUUUGACUCAGCAAUCUGAUUGGUGAUAUUCAUUUCGAUCUGUGCACAUCUGGGACUCACUCGUAGGAAUUAGAUAGAAAGAGAUGGAGACUCAAGUAGAUCAAACGGUCGACGAGCAAAUGUGAUGUAUUGCAAGAAAGGCAGGGGAGCUUCAGAAGGUUUUUUUCAAAAGAGGAUUCAGUGCGAUGUGAAUCUUCGGAAAGUUUAGACGUUGCACUGUGCAAAGUUUAAAAGUGUCUCGAGUAAAGAGAUAUUAAAUUGUGUAAGAGUUGUUAAAUUUCUCAUUUUUAUAUUUUUUUUAAUAUAUAAAUUCGUAUUUGUGUAAAUACAUAAAUUCGUAAAAAUUUGCCAAAUAAAUACUGAGAAAAAGUAUGUGAUAUGUAACAGUGAAAAUUCUAAAAUAUUACCUUUUAUGAAAGAAACUAUACAAAAAUGCAGUGACAUUGUAAAAGCUCGUAUUAUACAUAAUUUAAAAUACAAAGAUGUUACUUUACCAAUAACACCGGAUGAAAUCAACGGCUACUAUAUAUCAUGUUAUAGAACGUUCACUGCUCUUAAAAAAAAAUAUUUUGAUACUCAUAGUGCUGCAUCAGAAUUUCACAAGCCGCAAAAUGCUACUUGGAGUCAUCGAUAAUGUCAAGCACUUCCAGUAUGUAUACAUUUUUGCAUUUACUUUUCCGCUUAUAAUAUAAUAUUACUAUUAUAUUAUACUAUUUAAAGCAGUAGUUGCGAGGUCCAUCAUAUUAAAACAAUUCAUUUAUACGGUAACUGACUCAUCUGCUUCGAGUGAAAAUGCGCAGUUUUUCCAACCGUCUACAAGCUCAGCAGUAAUAAUUGCUAUUUUUAUUCUUAUUAUCUGCUAUUUAUUUUACUUAAUCCUUUACUUUUUUUAAAUAUGUUUUAAACACUGAAAAUAGCAAAACUACUACGAUAAAUCGGUCAAUAUAUCAAGCCAAGACACAUUUUUCUAAUACAAUAUAAUAUAUUAAAUAAACAUUAUACAUAUAAUUAUAAACGCGACUAAAAAACAGCUGUGUUAUAAAAUGUUAAAUUUCAAGACGUUUCGACUAUACUUAGUUCUCUUCAUAAUAAAUUACCAAUAUGUAUGAAUUUAGACAUAAGUGAAUUAACGUAAACAAAAA